GGAAAAGAAGAUGUGGCCCAAACCUUCCCCACAUGAUCGGACAGUCGGACCGGAGAUUCCAGAUCUAACAUUAUAUCGCCCUCCUCUCGUCUGAAUCACGAUGUCGACGCAGUUCAAGAGCGGACCUGCAUUCGGACUGUCCGCGGAGGUCAAGAGUAAGCUGGCCCACAAGUAUGACCCACAGAAGGAGGAGGAGCUGAGGAUGUGGAUCAGUGAUGUCACAGGCCGCAAACUUCCAGAGAACUUCAUGGAGGGCCUGAAAGAUGGAGUCGUGCUCUGCGAGCUUAUCAACACUCUUCAACCCGGUUCUGUAAGAAAGAUCAACAACUCUCCUCAAAACUGGCAUCAGCUGGAAAAUAUUGGUAAUUUCGUCCGAGCCAUUCAAGAGUAUGGACUGAAGCCACACGAAAUAUUUGAGGCCAACGACCUGUUUGAGAACGUCAAUCACACUCAGGUCCAGAGCACGCUUAUUGCACUGGCUGGAAUGGCUAAAUCGAAAGGCUUUCAUUCUAAGUACGACAUUGGAGUGAAAUACGCAGAGAAACAGCAGCGCAGAUUUGCUCCUGAAAAACUAAAGGAGGGACGAAAUAUUAUCGGUCUGCAGAUGGGAACCAAUAAGUUUGCCAGUCAAAAAGGCAUGACAUCUUACGGCACACGGCGUCACCUAUAUGACCCUAAAACCGGUAUGGAAAAUCCUCUGGAUCAAUCGACAAUCAGCCUGCAGAUGGGCACCAACAAAGGAGCCAGUCAGGCUGGUAUGACUGCUCCAGGCACCAAGCGGCAGAUCUUCGAGAAGAAGCUGGACAUGGAGAUGUGCGACACCUCUAUCGUCUCGCUGCAGAUGGGAACCAACAAGGUGGCGUCCCAGACCGGGAUGACGGUGUACGGCCUGCCGCGUCAGGUGUACGACAGCAAGUACUGCUCCAGCGCCAAUGAAUACAUCAACAACGGCCAGGACUCAGAGAUGGAUGGAUAUCAAUACUCCGACUAAGAUGAACAGCCGGCAUACUACUUUUUUUUAAUUCACCUGCACUUUUGAUAUUCCAGGUUCAUGUCGACAAGUAGGACCAGCUAUAAAUGUUUACCGACACCACAGCCACCGAUCAAAGCUGCAGACUUCAGUGAAUGACCAGUCAUAGAAAACAAAAUUAGGGGUAAUUUGUUGACUUUUUUUAAUGGAACAUUCCAUCUUUGGGGGAAAUAGGCUCAUUUUACAAGUCACCUAGAGUUAAACGGUAACACUGUACAAUAACAGUACAUAACCAAUGAUGUAUGUGAACUAAACGUUACAUUAUUAUGAAUUAACGAUGAAUUAAGGAGUACGCUAAUCAUGAACUAGCUUUAACUAUAACAUGAGUCACAUGAGUUCAUGUGUGAAUAACGACUACCUUAAUUACUUGUUAGUACAUGUUAUUAAUGAACGUAUUAAUUAACCUUUCAGUUCAAGCUAAAUGUAACCAACAUGAGCUGUUAAUGUAUAAUUAUGUCAUGACUUUACUUGGAGGGGCACAUCACAAUUAACUCAACCUUAACUACUCCUGAACUCCUGUGUUCAUGUUGACUGAACACUUUUCUAUUGUUAUUCAGUGUAAACGCACUAGACGGAUGUCCAUAAGGCAUUCAUGAGUAGUUAAGAAUUGGUUCUUGAUGAUGUGCCCCUUCAAGUAAAGUCAUGAUAUAAUUUUCAUAUCAUGAGUUUAUGAUGGUUAAAUUAAGCAUAAACUAAUGUGGUAUUUAAUACAUUAAUUAACAAACAAGGAUGUACUAACAAGUAAUUAAGGUAGCCGUUAUUCACACAUGUUGUAGUUAAAGCUAGUUUAUGGUUAGCGCACGCAUUAACUAGUCAUUAAUUCAUAAUACAGUAAUUAACACGUCAUUAUUCAUGUACUGUUAUUGUAAAAUAUUACCAGGUAAACAGUUGAGCUUUUCCAUUUGCACUUUUAGCUUAGCUUAGCAUAGAUCAUUGAAUCGGAUUAGACCGUUAGCAUCUUGCACAACAACUUCAAAAAAGAGACUGCAGCAGGCGCAAUGAUGUUUAACAGCACCUGAAAAUAGUCCCCUGCUAGGUAACACUGUUAAAUAUCAUUAAUCCUGCUAAAGCCAUAAUACGGCAGCAAAGUUACUUGAUUAUUACGCUGGAAUGGGAGUAUAGUUCCAAUAGCAAUAUCAGCAGACAAAAUACAAAAUAGCAACUUGUCUGUCAGCUUCAGUACACCAUUUAACUACAAAAGAGUCAAGCUUUAAGUAGGAAAUGUAUUGAAAUUAUUUUUGAAGGCUUGAGUGCGAUGCUAAUGGUCCAAUCUGAUUCAAUGAUUUAUGCUAAGCUAAAUGUGAUAAGAAUGGGUUGAUGAUGUGCUCUUCAAGUAAAGUUAUUAUAUAAUUAUACAAUAACAUAUCUUGAGUUCAUGGUGGUUAAAUUAAGCAUAAACUAAUGUAGUAUUUAAUACAUUAAUGAACAAACAAGGAUGUACUAACAAGUAGCUGUUAGUCACACAUGUUGUAGUUAAAGCUAGUUCAUGAUUAGCGCACAAACUCAUCAUUAGUCUAUAAUAAAGUAAUGUUUAGUUGACAUAUUAACACGUCAUUAUUCAUGUACUGUUCUUGUAAAAUGUUACCAGUUAAACAGUUGAGUUUUUCCAUUUGCACUUUUAGCUUAGCUUAGCAUAGAUCAUUGAAUCGGAUUAGACCAUUAGCAUCUUGCACAAAAAUGUCAAAAAAGAGACUACAGCCGAUGCAAUGAUGCAAUGAACAGCACCUGAAAACAGUCCCCUGCUUCUUAACACUGUUAAAUAUCAUUGCUCCUACUAAAGCCAUAAUACGGCAGCACAGUUACUUGAUUAUUACGCCGGAAUGUGAGUAUAGUUUCAAUAGCAAUAUCAGCAGACAAAAUACAAAAUAGCAACUUUUCUGUCAGUAAAUUAGUACAUUAAUGAACAAACAAGGAUGUACUAACAAGUAGCCGUUAUUCACACAUGUUGUAGUUAAAGCUAGUUCAUGAUUAGCGCACACAUGAACUCAUCAUUAGUCUAUAAUAAUGUUUAGUUGACAUAUUAACACGUCAUUAUUCAUGUCUGUUAUUGUAAAAUGUGACCAGUUAAACAGUUGAGUUUUUCCAUUUGCACUUUUAGCUUGGCUUAGCAUAGAUCAUUGAAUUGGAUUAGACCAUUAGCAUCUUGCUCAAUUUCAAAAAAGAGACUGCAGCAGAUGCAAUGAUGUUAAGCAGCACAUGAAAACAGUCCCCUGCUUGGUAACUCUGUUAAAUAUCAUUGCAUAAUACAGCAGUAAAUUUGUUUGAUUAUUAUGCCAGAAUGUAAGUAUAGUUCCAAUAGCUUUAAAUAGGAAAUUUAUUGAAAAAACAUU